AUGAACGGAGCGGGGCAAGUGGGCGGAGUGAGCGUAUUUUUCAAGCGGAAUUCGGGCGCGGGCGGCAACGUCGCGUGGGGCGGCCGCGCUCCGCACUCCAUGCCCGAGCACGACAAGUACCAGCUGCGUCCGCGCGCCGCGAGGGCCCGCGAGCCGCGCGCGCGCCGCACGCCGCAGCCGCUCAGCAAGUACCGCAGGAAGACCGCCAACGCGCGCGAGCGCAGUCGCAUGCGCGAGAUCAACCGCGCCUUCGAGACGCUGCGCCGCGCCGUGCCCGCCGCCGCCAUCACCGGCAACCCCGUCCCCUGCGAGAAACUCACCAAAAUAACCACGCUCCGCCUCGCCAUGCGCUACAUAUCGGCCCUCUCCGCCGCCCUCCGGGACUCCGAGACCGAGCCGCGGCCCGAGCGCUGGCCCUCGCCCUUCUGCUCGGACCUGUCCGAGUUCUCGACGGAGCUGGAGCAGGAGACCACGUCGGAGUUCGCGGAGGACUCGCUGUCGCCCUUCGACUCGUUCUUCGCGGAGUUCGACUGCGAGUACAUCGACAGGACAUUUGCGUGACAGUGAAGUGAUGUGUGUUCAGCUCACGGGACUGAUGUUUUAUCAAAUUAGGUAUUUGUAAUUCACUCUGCCAUAUUACAAAUAUUAACUAUUAUUUUACUUUUAUGAAAGAUGUAUUUUUGAGAUUUAU